UUCAAAUCCUAGCUAAAACAAAAGCAACUUAACAUGGCAGAAAUGAUCCUUCUCUUCCUAUCAGUGGUCACCCUGCUAAGCUUUCCGACUGCAGAGGCCGUCUACCUCUACCAUAUCUGCCCCAACACCACCGUCUUCACCCCAAACUCCACCUUCCAAUCCAACCGAAACCACCUCCUCUCCACUCUCUCCUCCAACUCCACACGCACCACCGGCUUUUACAACGCCACCGCCGGCCGUUCCCCUGCCGAAACAGUCUACGGGCUCUUCCUCUGCCGCGGUGACCUCACCACCAACGAUUGCAAAGCAUGCGUAGCCACCGCGACCUCGGGGGUCGUGCAACGGUGCCCGGUCCAGAAAGAGGUUGUGAUCUGGUAUGACGACUGCAUACUCCUGUACUCCAACAAGUCCUUCUUCUCCGUCGCCGCCGAGUCCCCAGCGGUGUUCCUGUCGAACACCGCCAACGUCAGCGGCGAGCCCAUCCGGUUCAACCAGGUUUUGGGGAAGAGCAUGACGGAGGUGGCCACAGAGGCCGCGAACGACGUCGAUAGGUUCGCGACGAGAGAGGCUAACUUCACAGAGUUGAUGAAUGUGUACAGCUUGGGGCAGUGCACGCAGGACUUGUCUAAUUUCGAAUGCAAUCGGUGUCUCCAGGGAGCUAUAGCGUAUUUGCCGGCUUGCUGCAGCGGAAAGAUAGGGGGACGAGUUCUGAAUCCAAGUUGUACUGUUAGGUUUGAACAAUAUCCCUUUUAUAAGGCUCCUCCGCCAGCCUUGAAGGUAGCCAAAAAAAGUAAACUCCUCUCCAUAGUCAUAGCCGGUAUUCUUGCUCCAGCUCUGUGUGUGCCAGUUGUGGUUGUGGUCAGAUGUUUUAUUCCCAAAUUAAAAAGAGCCAAACGACAACGAAAUAAAGCUCAAGUUGACAUGACAACUGUUGAAUCCUUGCAAUUUGAUUUGGGAACUAUCGAAGCCGCCACUAAAAAGUUUUCCGGCUAUUACAAGUUAGGUGAAGGCGGAUUUGGUCAAGUUUUUAAGGGAACACUUCAUAAUAGACAAGAAAUAGCUGUGAAGAGGCUGUCAAAAAGCUCUGGGCAAGGCGUACGAGAGUUCCAGAAUGAGGUUUUACUGGUUGCUAAGCUUCAACACCGGAAUCUUGUGAGGCUUCUGGGAUUCUGUUUAGAAGGAGAGGAAACCCUACUUAUCUAUGAAUAUGUGCCCAACCAAAGUCUUGAUUAUUUUCUGUUUGACGCCGAAAAAAGAGAGCUAUUGGAUUGGCCAAGACGUUGCACCAUAAUAGUAGGAAUCGCGCGAGGAAUCCUUUAUCUUCAUGAAGAUUCUAGGCUUCGAGUUAUACAUCGUGAUUUGAAAGCGAGCAAUAUCUUGUUAGAUGCCAAUAUGCAUCCAAAAAUUUCAGAUUUUGGAAUGGCAAGAAUGUUUGGAGUCGAUGAUCAAACUCAAGGAAACACCCGGCGAAUUGUAGGCACUUAUGGUUACAUGGCUCCAGAAUAUGCCAUGGAGGGAUUGUAUUCUAUAAAAUCAGAUGUCUUCAGCUUCGGAAUACUCUUGCUUGAGAUCCUAACGGGGAGAAAGAACUUUUCAGGCUUUCAUCCCACAACUUCUACACCGACUCUUCUCAGUCAGGCUUGGCAAUUAUGGAAUGAAGGGGAAGUGUUGGAGUUGAUGGAUCCAUUGCUGAAAGAUGCAUGCAAUCCAACUGAGUUCUUGAGAUACAUCCACAUUGGAUUAUUGUGUGUUCAAGAAAAGGCAAACGAUAGGCCGACCAUGUCGUCCGUUCUUCUAAUGUUAAAGAGUGAAAGUAUCAGCCUAACCAAACCUGAGCGACCUGCCUUCAUUACAGGUGGAUCUUCCAAUGAUCACGGCCAUACAUUAGGGGAUUUACCUGGUUUCUCUGUCAAUGGUUUAACGGUUUCAGAUGAUAUUCCACGUUGAGUUGCAGCAGUUCACUCAUACGUGGAAUUUCAUUGCCUCCGAUCUUAGUCUACUUCCUCGAUCUUUGUCUAUUUUAUGAAAUGAAUUUUACUAGCGACGACUCAUACUUUCAACACGCAGAAAUUAAUUAUUGUUUCUAAUUUCAUGCAAUCGAAUGUUAUAAAUUAGAA